GGGGGAGUUUCCUCCUGUGACUUCAGUUCCAAGGAGGAGGUGAUAUUCAUGGGAGCACGAUUCAAACUCUCUCUCUCACUUGGAGCAGGAGUGAGCGCUCUGCAGCCCUGGAUCUGGAUCCGACGCGCUGCUGCUGCGUCUUCUUCUUCUUCUUUGCGCACUCUUUUCCUCUUCAGCGCAAAUGAAAGCAGAUGGAAUAAUGUUUGUGUAACAUAACUUCUGAAGGAGAACAGCUUAGAGGGGUUUUCUCACUUUUGGACUGUGGUGUAGCGGCUGAUUUGGACACUACCUGGACAUUAUGAAGAGGAAUCCAGACUUGUUUCAUUCUCGGGACAGGAUGCAGUCCUGUUGAACACUUGCAGACUAAUUAGCGGGUUUAAAUUGUUAUUAUCCGCGUGUGUUUUUGACAGACUGUAACGCGAUCUCUGCGCUUUUACGCGGUACUUUCAAAACGCUGCACGUCAAACAUGGACCGCGCACGAGUCGCUGUUUUAAUGAUUUUGACUGUCGCACUUCUUCGAGUGGGCAACAGUCACGAGGACGCGACAGGUGGGAGGAAAGAGUUUGCGGGGCCGCGGCGGCGGCUGAGGAGUCCCGGACACUUGCCAGAGGACGGUGGUCCAUCCUCGGUACCGUCUGGUGAACUGUCCCCUGGAUCCACUCGGUCUAAGGCUCCGCUCCGCCUGCCCAGAGGCGCAUCAUCCCAGGCGCACGGCAGCCUAACAAGCAGAGCCGGACCCACUCGUGCUGCCGCCGUCUCCCGGGAAGACCAAUCCUCUGCGCCACGGGAUGGUGCGCAGCGCAGCGCCAGACAAACAGCCAGCCAGCAGCACAGAAGCAGAGGAAACCACAGGCACAGCAGCAAGCCCAGCUCUGCCCACACAAGGAGACUGGUUGGGCCUAAUGUCUGUGGAGGUCAGCAGUGCUGCUCUGGCUGGGCUCUGGCACCGGGAACCAAUCGCUGCAUAAAACCCGACUGCCAGCCCCCCUGCCAGAACCGCGGCUCCUGCAGCCGCCCGCAGACCUGCGUGUGCCGCUCGGGCUUCCAGGGCGCCCGCUGUGAGGAGGCGGCUCCGGAGCAGGUGUACAUCCGCGACGGGGGAACCCUGAGGCGCGUGCAGCCCGGCACCAACCCCUUCCAGAGAGACCAACCGCGGAGGAGGCCCGCGGAAAGACAGGCCAACAAGGCUCAGACCCCACGACCUGCGACCACCAGACAGCCUGCCCACACCGUGACCCAAAUGAGACGGGGACCUCCUGACACGUCCUCUCAGCAGACCGGGACCUCGCGCACUGUGAAGCGCUAUCCGUCGUCCUCUGGGCCGAUCAUCUCCAACGCUCUGCCCGCGACGAACGGCUACGAGCAGAGGAACUGGCAUGGACACAGAGGCGGACAGAACAACGUGCACUCCUUCAACAGUCACGGGCCCACGCCCCGCGACAGCGAGCUCAACAACGCACUACAGCCCGCAGGGGCGAACCUCACCUCCAGCCUGGACCGCAUCAAAAUCAUCUUCACGCCCAUGAAGUGCCGCAGGGUGUGCAGCGGCGGGCGCUGCCACAACAGUUGUGAAAAGGGAGACGUCACCACGGUGUACAGUGAGACCGCGCAGCAGCAGCAGCAGCAGCCAAAGAACCAGGGCUUCAGACUUUACUUCUGUCAGAUUCCCUGUCUCAAUGGAGGCAGAUGCAUCGGCAGGGACGUCUGCUGGUGUCCGUCAAACUCAACGGGGAAGUUCUGCCACCUGCCGGUGCCGGCUCCCGCCAGAACCAACCCACACAGUCGCAAGGACGCCAGCAACCAGGGGCCGAAGUCCACCUCCCACUCCAUGUACACACUGCCACUGUCCAACCAGCAAGUGUCCCUCCACCCGUCCUUGGUGAACGUCCACAUUCAGCAUCCUCCAGAGGCCGAGGUGCAGAUCCACCAAGUCGCUCGGGUGCAACCGGGGCAGAGGUCGGCCACGACGGAGGGGGCUCACUCUGUCCAGCAACGCUCCCAGCCAGGAAAUGGACACGAACCCACCAAUGAGCAUAACGGCAGGCACUCACACGCCAACGGGAACGGGAACGGCCAUGCCAGACCACAGGACGGACAUGUGGGAAGAUGCUUCCAGGAGACAGUGGACGGACAGUGUGGCAAGCCUCUGCCAGGCCUCACCAAACAGGAUGAUUGCUGUGGAAGUGUGGGAGCCUCAUGGGGUCUACACAAGUGCCAGAAGUGUCCGACCAAACCCGCAUUCACGGUGAUUGCGAAUGGACAAGUGGAGUGUUCCAGUGGUUUUAAGAGGAUGAAUCUGACUCACUGUCAAGACAUCAAUGAGUGCCUGUUGCCUGGGAUCUGUAAGAAUGCCGAGUGUCUCAACACCAAGGGGAGCUACAGGUGCAUGUGUAAACUCGGCUACAUGUUAGACCCGGCGAGAAGUCACUGCGUCUCGGACAAGGCCGUGUCCAACCAGAGGGCGCUGUGUUACCGGUCCGUGUCGGCGAGCACGUGCUCGAUGCCCCUCGCGCAGCACAUCACCAAGCAGAUCUGCUGCUGCAGCCGGGUCGGCAAGGCCUGGGGCGCUGGGUGCGAUCGCUGCCCUUUGCCAGGAUCAGACCAUUUCAAGGAGAUCUGCCCGGCCGGACACGGAUAUACCUACUCGCUCUCCGACGUGCAGAUUUCCAUGCGACAGUUGGGAGGCGACGACGACGUGCAGAGCACAGGAGGAACGUGGGAGGGGCAGAGUCCCGUUUAUCCCGAGCCCCCGUCCUACCAGCCUUCACUGCCGGUGCCCGGAAGGCCACAGUUUCCCGUGUUCCCACGCGUACCGCAAGUGCCCCAGCGUCCCGAGUACGAGGAGACGCCACACGUGCCGCGUCAGCCCCCUCUGACCCCACAGCAACCUCUCCAUCCAUCUCACCCGGCCAGAGAGACACCCGAACACCCCGGAGAUGUGGAAAUCGCACUCCCGCCAGCUGUUGUGACUGACUCACCGCUGGAAUAUCCAGGUAGUGACAAGUGUAUCACCACGCCGACCAUUUGUGGUCAUGGGAAAUGUGUUCCUGUGCAGACUGGUUACACCUGCCAGUGUGAGCCCGGAUUCAAGCUCAGUGCACUGCAGACCAACUGCAUCGACGUGGACGAGUGCGACGAGGACGACCCGUGCGAAGGGAGAGGCCGCUGCAUAAACAACUACGGGUCCUACACCUGUCAGUGCCACAGCGGCUACAGCCAGGUCAUCACCCAGAACAGGAAGUUCUGUCAAGACAUUAACGAGUGCAGCAUGCCCGGCAAGUGCCAGCACGGCAGAUGCGUCAACACAGAGGGAUCUUACUCCUGUGAAUGCAACAGUGGCUACGCCAAGUCUUGGAGAGGCCUAUGCGAAGAUAUAGACGAGUGCAGAGAUCCCAGCCCGUGUCCCGGCGGCGUCUGCGUCAACACUCUCGGCUCUUUCCAGUGCCAGGCCUGUGGCCCGGGCUUCAGCCCUGUCAGUGACAGAUGUGUGGAUGUGAACGAGUGCUUGAACCAAACAGCGUGUGGCAGCGGUAGGUGUGUCAACACCGAGGGCUCCUAUAGGUGCAACUGUUUCCACGGCUACAAACUCACACAGGACAACAUCUGCCAAGAUGUGGACGAGUGCGUGCUCCCGGGAAUGUGUCUCCACGGCCGCUGUGUCAAUCUGGACGGCACCCACAAAUGCAUCUGUGACCAUGGUUACCGAGUCACCUCAGACAGCAAAGCAUGCGAAGAUGUCAACGAGUGCGCAACUGGUAACGUGUGCCCUUCAGGAAUCUGCAUCAACACGGCGGGUUCUCACACGUGCCAGAACUGCAGGCACGGCUUUGGACCGUCUGCUGACGGACUUAGAUGUGAAGAUGUGGAUGAGUGUGCGCAGGGCGACCUGUGCCAAGGUGGCGUGUGUGCCAACACGCAAGGAUCCUACACCUGCACCAGGUGUAAGACAGGCUACAUGGUAUCUCAAGACCGGCAGAGGUGUGAAGAUGUUGACGAGUGCCAGUCUCUGUCUACCUGCUCCAAUGGGAUCUGUCUAAACUCUGAGGGCUCCUACACCUGUGAGAGCUGCCCGACAGGCUACAGAGUCUCAUAUGACGGCGAGUUAUGCGAAGAUAUUGAUGAGUGCGCGCUGGCCAUUACAUGCCCCCAGGGAACAUGUACAAACACAGAGGGUUCCUUCACGUGUAUCAACUGUCAGCCUGGUUUCGCCGUCUCCGAGGAUGGGCAGCGAUGCGACGAUGUGGACGAGUGCUCGGCGGCGAACGCGUGCCACGGCCAGCUGUGCUUCAACUCCCCCGGGUCUUACACCUGCAGGAGCUGUGACCCCGGCACGCAACUGACUGCGGACGGCUACGGCUGCGAAGACGUCGACGAGUGCCAGACUCCAGGUGUUUGCCCCACGGGUGUUUGCACAAACUUGGAGGGCUCCUACUCCUGCAUGGCCUGCGAUCCAGGCUUCACAGUGGCACCCAGUGGGCUCUCGUGUGAAGAUGUGAAUGAAUGCGAGGACGCCGGCGUGUGUCUCGGAGGCCAGUGCGACAACACCGCCGGUUCCUACAGCUGCUCGUGCCCCAUUGGACUGGAGCUGACGGACGGAACACACUGCAGAGAUAUCGACGAGUGCCUCACUGUUGCGGGGAUCUGCGGGGAAGGAGACUGUGUGAACACUGAAGGCUCUUAUUCAUGCAUCUGCCCCGAUGGAUACACCACCAUCAACGGGAGAAGCGGCUGCCAAGACGUGGACGAAUGCAGUAAAGACGACGUGUGCAUCCGCGGCCAGUGUCUCAACACCGACGGCUCGUUCCUGUGCUUGUGUGAGACGGGGUUCAAGUUCAACGCGGACAAGGCCGACUGUGAAGACAAGGACGAGUGCAAGGAGUUUGGAAGCACGGUCUGUGGUACCUGGCGAUGCGAGAACACCAUUGGCUCCUACCGGUGUUUCAUGGGCUGCCAGCCUGGCCUCGGAGAUGAGGACACAAAAGACUGCGAUAUUGAUGAGUGCGUCAACGAAACCAUCUGUGGGACCCACGGCUUCUGCGAGAACACAGAUGGCUCCUUCCACUGCCAGUGUUACCAAGGCUACACCAACCCGCCCGGAGAUUUGACCCGAUGUGUCGACAUGAACGAGUGCGAGAUGAGCUUGGCGCUGUGCGGUGAGGCCCUGUGUGAGAACGCCGACGGCAGCUUCCUGUGCAUCUGCCCCAACGACAAUGAGGAAUUUGAUCCCUUCACCAGCCAGUGCCGCUCUCUGGACGCUGACCUGAAACAUCCCGCCAUGGUUCCACCGUUCGCCGCCUCAGGCGAGGAGAGAAAGGAGUGCUACUACAACUUGAACGACGCCAACUUCUGCGACAACGUCCUGUCGCACAACACCACCAAGCAGGAGUGCUGCUGCACGGUGGGGGCCGGCUGGGGGGACAACUGUGAGAUUCAUGGCUGUCCUGUUCCAGGAAAAGAUGAUUAUAACCAGUUGUGCCCUCAUGGCAGUGGACUGUUGCCGGUUUCUGUCUCCUCCACACAGAUUCUGGGCGGACAGCACCCUUACAUAGAUGCAAACGAGUGUGAGAUGUUUGGAUCAGACAUUUGUAAGAACGGGAAGUGCUCGAAUCUCUUCUCCACUUACACCUGCUACUGUCGCUCUGGCUUCUACUAUGACAACAUCCGGCUCGAGUGUGUGGACUACGAUGAGUGUAAAUUCGAGAAUACCUGUGAGAACGGAGCCUGUGUGAACACAGCCGGGUCGUUCAACUGCUUCUGCAGCCCGCCUUUAGUGUUGGACGGCACGCGGCGGCGCUGCAUUAGCGUCAACGCCACAGAAGACACUCUUGAGCCCGAUCACGAUGUGCACAUGGAUAUUUGCUGGCAGACCCUGGAGGGAGACAAUGUGUGUGCAGAACCUCUUCUGGGACGCAGAACUACAUACACUGAGUGCUGCUGCCUGUACGGAGUCGCCUGGAGUGGACAGUGUGCCUUCUGUCCCAGAAGAGACUCUGAUGACUAUGCAGUCAUGUGCAACCUGCCACGGAGAGGGGGGUCAGACAGCCUGCGGGAGCAUCAAGGGUAUGAGUACGGUCCUGAGGGGCCUGAUGAGUCUUUCCCUCCUCCGUACUGGGACGUCUAUGGCAGCCGCACAGGAAACUAUGACAUUCCUGAAAGCGUUCCGCUCUUCAAUGACAAUGACUACAGCGUUCAGCAGCCUCCUGUCCGGGUUCCCAUCACACGACCAGAGGACCCACAGCCACGGCCAGUGGAUUCUUAUCCUGAGCGCUUCAAUGGUUUCGAGGGUCUCCAAGCGGAGGAAUGUGGAGUCCUGAAUGGAUGCGAGAACGGCCGCUGCGUGCGCGUGCGAGAAGGCUACACCUGCGACUGCUUCGACGGAUACGAACUUGACUUAAACAAGAUGGCCUGCAUUGACAUAAACGAGUGUGAAGACAUCAGUGACAAAGUGCCCCUGUGUCAGAACGGGCAGUGCACCAACACGGAAGGGUCGUACAAGUGCACCUGUUUGCCGGGCUUCGUGGCGUCCGCCCAGCCGCACAAAUGCAUCCCAGCGAUCCCGGAGUCUGAGCCCAGGGAGGCGGGAAACUGAGGUGGCGACUGUCGUAGCGCUGGCUCCUCCCUCUCCCUCUCCCUCUCCCUCAAAGGUCCCCCCUUAAACACCCUACUGCCCUCUUCCUCAAGGGCCUGGCACUAAACCUCCAACACUGACGCUGAAACAUCCAAACAAACAUACAAAGGCACACACACAGAUCCCUCUCAUACACAUUCAAGAGGACCAGGAAUACAAUGCAGUGAAUGUAUUACAUGAGUUUUAGUAUUCUCCAGAUAUCCGUUUGCCUUAAAGGGAUUUUGUGGACUGAUUUUUUUUUUUUUUAUUCAGUAAGCCCGGGGCAAUUUGAUACACAGAUAUAUUUUCCACACUAUUUUCUCUGUCAGUUCCUAUUUUUCUUGUUGUAUUAUUUAUUUCUUCUACAUGACUGGCCUCUGCAAAGUAUAAGAAAAGUGAUCUAUUUCAGAGGGCGUACUCGGAUCCUCGAGUUUUAUUUGUCUCACUAAAUUGAUUCGGAGACGGCGUGGGGAGAUAAUAUUUGUCUUUUGUCAUGUGAGAUCAGACACUCAUAAAAAAAAAAAAAAAGGAAAAAAGCAGCUUGUGCAUCACUGUCAAACCUCUUAGCAAUAUUGUCUCACUCAGUUGUCGUCCCUUAGCGUUGGCCUCGGACUGAACGGAUGCCAAGGGUGACAAAACAGAAAGCACUUCUCCCUCAGCUGACUCCCUGUACGUCAACGUUCAAUACGAGGUGGAAGUGGAAGAAUUCUUACUUUCAAAUCUUCAGCCUUUUGUACCGGGACAUGGAAAGACUAUAGAUGUAUAUGAUGCUCUAUGUUUGAAAAGAAAAGGUGCAGUAGGAUUGACCCAAGUAUGAAAACAAAACUUUAUUUUUAUUUUUUUAACACUAUUAACUUGUUUUAUAAUUAAGACGAUGCACCGUUGCUCAUCAAAGAUUGAUUCAAGCCUACGUUCCGGCCUCACUUGUCAAAAUAUAAGGUACGUUAGUUGAAAGUAAAAACACAAACAUCUCCUCUCAAGUAAAUAUAAUGUUUCAUUCCUCACAUCAGACGACGACUCCCGCGUGUGCAUCUCUAGACAAAAAGGCUGUGUUGGAGAGGUUUGUUUUGUACAGAUCUAGUACUAUGUAUUAUGUUUGUUACAUAUUAUCUUAAUGCAUUAUAGAACAACCAAUAUUUUGUUUGUCAUAAAACAUAAAGUGUAAGGAGAUUCUGGCAUUAUAGCUUUGUAGAUUUAUACAUCUGUGUCUGUAAAAAUGUUCUUUUUUUAAAGCAUAUCUUUUUAUGUAUGAGGAGAGUGGCUGACACUGUACCAGAGGAACUGUGCGUGUGCGUGUGUGUAUGUGUGUGUGUAUACCCUGCCCUGUGGAGCAGACAAUGAAAUAUAUUUUUGGAAGUGGCAGCACUGUUCUAAUUGCAGACAUUUUGUUACGAAGACGAUGCUUUUGAAAUGCAAAAAAACAACAACACAUCACAACGUUAUGGCUAAAUAUUGUGAACAAGUCUCUAAAUUAGAUUGUUUGGUCAUGAAUGUAUCAAAGACAGCAUCAGCUUUGGUUCUGGGAAUUUUGUCACAUACACAUUCAGGUUUAAGGAAAUGAUGGCAUUAAUUGUCUUAAGGAAUGAAAGUGUCCUUAUGGAAGCCCAACAGCAACUCGUUCUAUCUUUGGAGGAUGACUUAAAGUUGAUGACUUAUGCCUUUAACCUAUAUUCAUAAUCUACAAACCUACAAAUCUAAUCUGCAAACUGCUUCAUAAUCUCUUUUUGUCUACUGUACUUUACUGUGCUGAACCUGAACAGAAAUAUUAACAUUUAGGACAAAGUUCAUAUAAUUAAAGCAUUUCCAGAUACAUUUCUCACUGUAAAGCUGUGGUCAUUGGAAAUACAGUAUAAUGCUCAUUAAUUUUGUUUACCUCUUGACUGUAAUUGCUAUCAGUCAUGAAAAUAAAAACAUAAAAAGAAAUCAC